CAGUUCGUGCUAGGGCCGGAGUUAGGAAGAGGGGAGGGUGGAGGGGUGAGGAUCGCAACGCACAUACCAACGGAGAAGCAGUUUGCGCUGAAAGAGAUCAGCAUCGGGUCCAAAGGGCAUCGGGAGCAGCUAAUGAAGGAGCUGCAGACUCAUCGGGGGUGCGGGAGGAUGCAAGACAUCGUGGAGCUGUACGAUGUGUUCUACGAGGAGGGGAGGGUGUACCUGGUGCUAGAGCUCAUGGACUGGGGAUCGCUGCAGGUGCUGCUGCAGCAGCAGGCGGAGCGGAGGGCGAGGAUGGACGAGCGGGUGCUGUCGGUGAUCCUGAACAAGAUCACCCGGGCCCUUCACUUCCUCCACGACCAGCACCGGCUGAUCCACCGCGACCUGAAGCCUGCCAACGUGGUGAUGGGGACGGAGGGAGUGGUGAAGCUGAGCGACUUCGGCGUCAGUCGCGUGCUGGACCAGGAUGCCAAGGGGGUUACUUGGGUGGGAACGGUGGGGUACAUGAGCCCGGAGAGGCUGCAGGGGAACCAGUACUCGAUGAAGGCAGACAUCUGGUCGGUCGGCAUCAUCGCCAUCGAGUGCGCGCUGGGUCACCAUCCCUACAUGCGCAGCGACGGUCAGGAGUCGCCGCUGUUCGAGAUCAUGCAGAGGGUGGUCAACGAGGACGUGCCGAUCCCGCAGGGGAGCGGGCUCUCCCCGCAGCUAGAAGACUUCAUCAAGUGCUGCCUGCAGAAGGACGAGGACAUGCGGUGGUCGGCGGAGCAGCUGCUGCAGCAUCCCUUUCUC